AUGGUUGAGGAAGAACGCGCAGAACGUCGAUCGAUGGUCGGAGCACCACCAACUGCUAGAAAACCACAAUCCAGCAGUAGAUUAGCUCGCACUCCUCGAGCAUCGGCAAUGAGGCAAAACAUCAAGCGAAAACACGAAGAGGAGUCGGAAGAAGAGCACGAUAGCGGCAGUGAACGGCACGAUAGUGAGGUUGGUGACGCCGAAGAAGACUCAGGAGCUGAUGAGACCGCUGAGAAUGAAACUCCUGGAAAACCUAGGAAAAAAGCCCGAAGACGAGUUCAUUUGACCGAUUAUUCUGCAAGAAGAAAACAGCGUGAAAAAGAAAAAGAAAAGCUAAGGAAAGCGGGAGCUUUUGAGGAGUCACCUGGUCCAACACCUGCUGAAUCAGGAGAGAAGAAGACGAGUCCAACACCGGAGAAUCCUGACCCGGUUGUAAAAAAUCCAUCAGUCAAAAAGUACUCGCCUCUUCAGUUAAUGGCUGAUCAUCUGCUCCGGAAAAUAAUGUCCAAAGAUCCGGAAGAGUAUUUUGCUUUUCCUGUCACCCCAUCAAUGGCUCCCGAUUAUCACACCAUUAUAUCGCAUCCAAUGGAUUUCUCUACGAUUCGUCAAAAGAUCGAGGACGAUGUCUAUCAAACUAUUACGGAGAUGCGAACAGAUGCAGAACUAAUAGUUUCUAAUGCACUAACCUACAAUAAUCCAAAUACAGUGUAUCAUCUUGCAGCUACGCGUUUGUCAGCGAUCGUGAAGUACUACUUCUCAGAGCAGUACUUGCGCUACAUUUUUCACACCUUGCCGUUUGCCAACCAGAUCGCUCUCGAAAAGGCUGGUCUUGUUCCACUAACAACGACAGUACACAAACAGGAAAAUCGGCUUCGUCAAGCAUUAGUUGACGAUAUGACAGCUGAGGACUGCUUGCGUGCAGCAGAUCCAGCAGUCAGGAACAGGUUAUCGGCUCGGUUACCUAACGGAAAGUUGGCUUUCCUCAAUAACAAGGAUGGAGUCACCGUGCUCAACGUUGUUGGCGAAACUGACAAGAAAGGCAUCAAGCUUGGUGAUAUAGUUGGUUCACUGGAAGAAGGGACCCCAGGAAUGUUGAGUCUCGGUGAUCACAGGCUAUCUGGACAAUCUAUGAUUACUUAUUUGAAUUAUGGACCGUUCGCUUCCUUCGCUCCUCAGUACGAUUCUACGUGGGCGACAUUGACGAAGAGAGAUUCAGAUCUUCUUCUAAGGACCUACGGUGACCGGUCUACAGUGGCUGACGUAAUGUCACUAAGGAAUAUGGUAGAGGACGCUGGAGCGCAUUUCAUAAAAGUUGUGGAUGACCUCUUGGAUACGCUUACCGACGGUGAACACUCAAGAACGAUGGUUGAAUUAAAGAAAAAACAAACGGAUGAAAAACCCAGAAAUAAUGAGGAUGUUUCGGAGUUGCUGUCCGAAGUCGAAUCUUUGGAGAAUCUUGGUGUGGACGUCUCUUUUGUUAAGGAUGUAAGGGAACGGAUGGCGAUAAACAAGACGAACAGCAUUCAGUCUCAACUUGACAUGAGCGGGCAAGCAGUCUUGGAUUUGGCUCGGCUGCAACAUAAACGUCUGUCCCAACCUCCUCCAAUAACGCUCACACAUGUUCAAGCUCCGCCUGUUGUCGAGAAUCAGCUGGCUGCAAACGUGCAACAGCAACUAACUGCACAGAUUGGUGCACAUGCACCUCCCGGCGAGAUUGUGUCGGUUCCUGCGAUCCACAAUGCCAUUGGCAUGCAAGAGGAACUAGACAUGGAUAUCUUUGGCGAAUUCUUCGUGACGUAA